AUGUGCCCCAUAACUCCCGUUGAGCUACUGUCCACGAUAAUCCUCGAAAAGCGAAAACUACGGCCCCCGACGAAGCGGAAAAAGUAUCGCAAAUAG